CGUUUAUCUCAACUCAUACCACUCUGUUUUUCUGGAAUUUGCUACUCUUUUUGUUACUUUCACUUUCUCACUCUCACACAACACAACACAAAGCACGAACACGUGUGGAGGGUGUUGUAUCGCGAGGCGUGCAACUGGUGCAUACCGUAUGUCCAAGGUGGACACGAUAAUGUUGAGGUUUCGCCCCAUAGCUCCCAAACCCGUCGCCGGCGCCGCCACUUCCGACGGUUCUUUGUUGGAAAGCGGCGACGCCUUCUCCAGAUCUGCCAAAAGGAAGCACGCAAGAGUUAACGGCGGAAACAAACGGUGCAAUCGGAGGUUCCGGCGGAGGACGACCGCGCCUCCACCGGUGGUGACUCUACCGUUGCUUCCAGAGACUCCGGAUCCGAAGGAUCCACCUGAAGCAAAGAGCAGGAACAACGUGCCGGUGUUGCUGAGUUUCGAGAAUCCUCGUUGGUUCGGCGGCGCGAGGGAUCCACCGGCGGUGGCGUUGGGAGGAUCGGUGGUGACGGUUGAGUGCGUGACGGACACGUGGCAGGAUGACGGUGAGUUGUUAGGGAAUAGGGACGAGGAGCGAAAGGUGAAGCUGGGAGAGGACACGUGUCCGGGGUUCAUAUCUGACGGUUACGGGAGGGUGACGUGGACGAAUAGGGCGUACAGGGAAAUGGUUGGAGAGGAAGGAGUAUGGCUUGCGAUGAAGGUGACGGUACCGUAUCCGUACCGAGGGUUCACGUGCAGGGUAAGGGUGCAGUACGCGUGUGGGAAAGAGAGAACGGUGUUAUCUGAUGUAUGGAGAAUGGAAAGUGGUGAUUUUGCAUGGAGAUUAGACGUUAAUGCUGCUCUUAACUUAAGCCUAACCUUAUAAACUAGUUUGCUAGCUAGGUAAGGGUUCACUCGGCGAAACUAAAACGAUAGCGUUUAGCUGAGAACCGUGAAUAUAUGUACGAGGCCUAGCUAUAUAUAUAGUAAGCUUGCUUGGCUGUACAGUGUAAAUUAACGCAAGUGCGUUUGGUGAUCAUGGGAACAUUAGUUUGGACCAGGUGAACUUCUCUUCGUGAAUCGUGUAAUGUUUCUGAAAUCGCACUACUAAUUAAAGCUUUUCUGUUGAUAUCU